AUGUCAAGCUCUUUCGGAGCUUCCGUUUUGUCAACGUUCGAUUGCGGGGAAGAUGGAACGGAAUUUCUCUCGCAGUUAAUCGAAUCACCGGAUACACCUGCACACGAAACAAGGCAACUGGUGGACACGAGUAUCCUGGCCAAUUCAGAUGACUUUCAUUACCUGAUUGAAUGUGCGAGGUCUAUACAGCAAUCGAGACAUCUACCCUAUGAAAACUUAAACGGCAACGACCUGCUCACAUUUGUAUGGCACAUCUUGACCAGCGAGCCCACUGUUCCCGACACAGAAGAGAAGCCCUGGGCGGAGACGGACCGACUGAUACUUCUUGCCAAAGAGCUCGCCAAAGACCCCGAUAUUCGAGGCCCAAGUGCUCGUCAAAUAACUAGCUAUGUGAGUCCAGCCAAACGGGCUCGUCGGCAAGUCAAGUUGGUCAGUCAAAGUACUACCUCCCAUUAUUGGUCUACCGAGACAAGAACGCAAAACAAAACGUUGAACGGCAGGAUAGCGCUUGCGGAUAGCUACCCGCAACAGCCUAGUCUCCCAAAGGGGAUUUUGCAAACAGCUGUAGCCAAUUUCAGACAAGACAUACAAUUCAGGGACCAAAAAGUUACCAGAUCAUCAAGUACUGCCACCACAUCCCAGCCGCAAAAUAUCGAAUCCGUCUAUCCACAAUGUCAGUCAGCAAUAGACAGUGCUACUGCUCUCUGUCCCACAGCUCAAAUUUCUCCCUUCUUCCCAUGGAAAACUCGAGAAAAAAAGUCGCCCAGUCGCCCUCCGGCAGGUGUCGUGUCGAGUGUCCCCUUCCCACCACUUUCAACGUCUCAAUUCGGGCUGAUUCAGGAGAGGUUGGCGCAUGAGCCAUUCUGGUUAUUAAUAGCGGUAACUUUUUUGAUCAAGACAAGUGGCCAGGCAGCUAUACCCGUCUUCUACAAAGUCAGAGAAAGGUUUCCUUCACCUACAGAACUGAGAGAUCCCAACAAUGCCGAGGAACUCUUCAGCAUGAUACGUCACCUGGGUUUGGCUGCUAAUCGACUUGCUUUUAUUCAAAAAUACGCCGAAGUUUUUAUAAGCAACCCGCCGGCACCUGGAAAGCAAUACAGAGUCAGAAAUUACGAAAGGAGAGAUAUUUUGCCAUCUGCCAUGAGCAUGGAGAGCCUGGACACCAAUGGCGAUUCAAAGUGCUUGAGCCCAUGUGCUGCCGAUGACGAUGCAAAUGCAAUGGCCUGGGAGAUUGGACAUAUGACCCAGGGGAAGUAUACGCUGGAUAGCUGGAGGAUAUUCUGCCGAGACGAGCUACUUGGGAGAGCCCAGGAUUGGAAUGGGAAAGGGCAGCAGCCAGAAUUUCAACCCGAGUGGAUGAGGGUUCUGCCACACGACAAAGAACUUCGAGCAUAUCUACGAUGGAUGUGGAUGCGGGAAGGUUGGGAAUGGAAUCCAGAAACGGGAGAACGGCAAGUGCUGCGGCCGGAACUGGAAGCAGCUGUCAAUGAAGGAAGAGUCGAGUAUGAUAAUGCAGGAGGGUUACGAAUUCUGGAAACAGCGAGGCGAUAA